AUGGCUUAUAAUCCAGAGGAACUUUAUGAUGGCAUCUCUAUUUAUAAUGAAUAUGAAAAUCCACAAGAAUAUGACAACUUGCAAGAAUCUGAACUUGAAAGCUCAUUAGAAGAAUCUGACAACGUAUUAAGGUCUGAACUUGGAAGCCUAUUAGAGUCUAAACUUGGAAACCUAUUAGAAGAAUCAGACAACACAUUAAG